GUCUGCCCUGUACUACUUGAGGCGGACGCGGGUGGAAGAACACUCCCGUGCCACUCGCCGCGCGCGACCGGCGGCGUAGGGAUCCGGGCUGCGGUGCUGAGGCCGCCUGUCACUCAGCGCGGCGGCGCCGGGACGCGGCCGGGGCGCAGCCGGCAGAAGGCGGUGCGGGAGUACGCGCGGUAACGGAGCCGGAGCGCGGCCGGCAGCGGCGAGGAGCGGCGAAGGAAGGCGUGGGGAAAAAACCGGGAAAAACAUAAAAGAAGCGAGCAGCGUUUCUUCCGAACUGCAGGGAAAGGCUAUUUCACGAGCGGCUCCCUCUCCCCCCAGCUGGCUGCGAUGCUGCUAGCCACCGUGCUGCCCUGGACGUUGUUUUUGCUUGGAGCCGCAGUCUCUCUACAAGUGGACAUUGUUCCAAGCCAGGGGGAGAUCAGUGUUGGAGAAUCUAAAUUCUUCUUAUGUCAAGUGGCAGGGGAGGCCAAAUACAAAGACAUUUCCUGGUUUUCCCCUAACGGUGAGAAGCUGACGCCGAACCAACAGCACAUCUCAGUGGUGCGAAAUGAUGACUUCUCCUCCACCCUCACCAUCUACAACGCCAACAUUGAUGAUGCUGGCAUCUACAAAUGUGUUGUCAGUAGCGUGGAGCAGGGAGACUCCGAGGCCACCGUCAAUGUGAAAAUUUUCCAAAAGCUGAUGUUCAAGAAUGCUCCCACUCCUCAGGAAUUCAAGGAAGGGGAUGAUGCUGUGAUUGUGUGUGAUGUGGUCAGCUCACUGCCUCCUACCAUCAUCUGGAAGCACAAAGGCAGGGAUGUUAUCCUAAAAAAAGACGUUCGAUUUAUAGUCCUGUCCAACAACUACCUGCAGAUCCGGGGAAUCAAGAAAACAGACGAAGGGAUGUACCGCUGUGAGGGCCGGAUCUUGGCUCGUGGGGAGAUCAACUUCAAAGAUAUUCAAGUCAUCGUAAAUGUACCUCCUUCUGUGCGCGCCAGGCAGAGCACUAUGAAUGCCACUGCCAACCUCAGCCAGUCUGUCACCUUAGCAUGUGAUGCUGAUGGCUUUCCUGAGCCAACUAUGACGUGGACAAAGGAUGGAGAGCCAAUAGAACAGGCUGAUGAUGAAGAGAAGUACAGUUUUAACUACGACGGGUCCGAGCUCAUCAUCAAGAAGGUGGAUAAGAGUGAUGAAGCAGAGUACAUCUGCAUUGCUGAGAACAAGGCUGGCGAGCAGGAUGCCACCAUUCAUCUCAAAGUCUUUGCAAAACCCAAAAUCACCUAUGUGGAGAAUAAAACAGCCAUGGAGCUGGAGGAUCAGAUUACACUGACCUGUGAGGCAUCUGGAGACCCAAUCCCUUCCAUCACUUGGAGAACUUCCACCCGGAACAUCAGCAAUGAAGAGAAGACCCUGGAUGGGCGCAUCAUAGUACGCAGCCAUGCCCGGGUGUCAUCCCUGACUCUGAAAGAAAUUCAGUACACAGAUGCCGGAGAAUAUGUAUGCAUAGCCAGCAACACCAUUGGGCAGGACUCCCAAGCCAUGUACCUUGAAGUGCAGUAUGCCCCCAAGCUUCAGGGCCCUGUGGCUGUCUACACCUGGGAAGGAAAUCAAGUGAACAUCACCUGUGAGGUAUUUGCUUACCCCAGUGCUGUCAUCUCCUGGUUCCGGGAUGGACAGCUGCUUCCCAGCUCAAACUACAGCAACAUCAAGAUCUACAACACUCCAUCAGCAAGCUACCUGGAGGUGACACCAGACUCUGAAAAUGACUUUGGGAACUAUAACUGCACUGCUGUCAACCGCAUUGGCCAGGAGUCCUCAGAGUUCAUUCUUGUGCAGGCAGAUACUCCGUCCUCUCCUUCCAUUGACAGAGUGGAGCCCUAUUCCAGUACUGCACAGGUGGAGUUUGAUGAGCCUGAAGCUACUGGCGGGGUGCCCAUCCUCAAGUACAAAGCAGAGUGGAGGGCUCUUGGCGAGGGAGAAUGGCAUUCAAGGUUGUAUGAUGCAAAAGAAGCAAAUGUGGAGGGCAUGAUCACUAUCACUGGCCUAAAACCUGAAACAACCUAUUCUGUGAGACUGUCUGCGGUCAAUGGCAAGGGUGUGGGUGAGAUUAGCCUGCCAUCCGACUUCAAGACGCAACCAGUUCGGGAACCCAGCGCACCCAAACUGGAAGGCCAGAUGGGAGAAGAUGGAAACUCCAUUAAAGUGAAUGUUAUCAAGCAGGAUGAUGGUGGCUCCCCAAUUAGACAUUAUCUGAUCAAAUACAAAGCUAAGCAUUCCUCAGAAUGGAAACCAGAGAUUAGACUUCCGUCUGGCAGUGACCACGUCAUGCUCAAGUCCCUGGACUGGAAUGCGGAGUAUGAGGUUUAUGUGAUAGCAGAAAACCAGCAAGGGAAGUCCAAACCAGCUCACUAUGCUUUCCGAACUUCUGCUCAGCCUACUGUCAUCCCAGCCAGCACUAGCCCUACAUCAGGCCUUGGGACUGCUGCCAUCAUAGGCAUUCUCAUUGUUAUCUUUGUGCUGCUCCUGGUGGCUGUGGAUGUCACCUGCUACUUCCUCAACAAGUGUGGCCUGCUGAUGUGCAUUGCUGUCAACUUAUGUGGCAAAUCCGGCCCAGGAGCCAAGGGCAAAGACAUGGAGGAAGGCAAAGCCGCCUUCUCGAAAGAUGAGUCCAAGGAGCCUAUUGUGGAGGUGCGGACUGAAGAGGAGCGGACACCCAACCAUGAUGGGGGAAAACACACAGAGCCCAAUGAGACCACCCCGCUGACGGAGCCAGAGCACCCCGCCGAUACUGCAGCUACUGUUGAGGACAUGCUGCCUUCCGUAACUACGGGCACCACUAACUCUGAUACUAUCACUGAAACCUUUGCCACUGCUCAGAACAGCCCUACCAGCGAGACCACUACGCUGACCUCCAGUAUUGCCCUGCCAGCCACGGCCAUUCCUGACUCAAACUCCAUGUCGCCUGGCCAGGCCACUCCAGCCAAAGGGGCAGCCUCCUCAGUCUCUUCACCACCACCCUCCUCCACCCCUAAAGUGGCCCCCCUUGUUGAUCUCAGCGAUACCCCAAGCUCUACUCCAGCUACUAAUAAUUUGUCUUCAAGUGUCCUGUCCAACCAAGGUGCAGUGCUCAGCCCCAGCGCUGUUGCUAACAUGGCUGAGACCUCCAAAGUGGCAGCUAGCAACAAGUCAGCUGCCCCAAGCCCUGCAAACCUCACUAGCCCUCCAGCUCCUUCAGAGCCCAAGCAGGAGGUCUCAAGCACCAAGAGCCCUGAAAAAGAAGCUGUGCAGCCCAAUACAGUGAAGAGCCCAAUAGAGACAACCAAGAACCCAAGCAAUCUGAAGAGCGAGGCUGCUUCAGGCAGCACCAUAAACCCCUCCCAGAAUGAGGACUUUAAAAUGGACGAAGGGACCUUCAAGACACCAGACAUUGACCUUGCAAAGGAUGUUUUUGCAGCUCUUGGCACUGCUACUCCUGCCAGUGUGAAUAGUGGGCAAGGUCGUGAGCUUGUUUCUUCCACUGCAGACAGCUCUGUACCUGCUGCACCUGCAAAGACCGAGAAAACCCCAGUAGAAGACAAAUCUGAAGUGCAAGCAACGGAAACUAAGACACCUCCAGCAGAAGUCAAGACGGUCCCCAGUGAAGCCACACAAACAAAUGAAAAUGAGAGCAAAGCAUGAUCAGCAACAGAUGAAAACAAAUGACAGAACAACUUCACCCAAGCAUUUAAAACACAACACACAUCUCAUUCCUCUAGUGUCUGUUGCCUUUUUUUAAAAAACAAACCAAGCAGAAAAUGCAUAAAUGGGGGGGAGGGGGAGGGAAUCUCUCUUUUUCUUUUCUUUACUUCUCUUAUCUUUUUUUUUUUUUAAGAUUUCUAGAAAGGUCCUACUUGUUGUGCACUUGCUUUUAAAAAGUAAUACAUUUUAAAAACAGGGUUAAACCCAUAACCAAAUCAGGGCUUAGCUGACCCUGUGUAUAUUCAAAUAAGCAAAAUUGCAAAUGCCAUUUGCAACAUGGUUGGGAAGGUCAAAAUCAACUAGUCCUAGACAAAAAAAAAAAAAAAAAAAAAAAAAAAAAAAGACCCUGUUCUUUCCUUUGUUAGGAUAGCAGAUAUAACCACUGUACUACUUGGUACAGCUGGUACUUAAAGAACAAAGUCCACAAUUUAUUUUUAUACUUUUCAGUCGAGUUUGAAAUAUGUAAAGCCUCAUAAAUAAGUUAUAAUUUCUGUUCACCUUGUAUUUGUUCAGUAUGCAAAGUGUCUUGAGCAAUUUGUGACUGAAUUCUGUUCUCCACGUUAGACAUUUAUUUGGGUUUUAUUAUUAUCUUUUUUUAGGAAGAAUGCCAAAAUUGCAGCUUCGGGGAUAUAUUUCGAUUUGCAGUAUUCAGACUCUACAUUUCUUUAAAUUUUAUGUUAAUUUUUGCCAACUUUUGUUCUUUCCAGUGUUUACAAUUGACAAUUUUUUUAACUUUUGUUGUGUUUAAAUGUAUGUGUAAAAUAGCUGCCUUUUUUUUUUUUUAAGUAAAUGCAGUCUAUAGAUACUAGGUUAGCAGCAUGCUUGCUUUGCAAAGGGAGACAUUUUAAAACAUGGAUGUUUACAGUAGUUGUUUCCCCUUUAUUUUUCUUAAUUAUUGUUGUUAUUAUUAUUAUUAUUAUUUCUUACUGGAGUAAGAAGAAAAGUAAUGCUGGGUUUUGGGUUGGGGUUUUUUGGGUGGGGGGGGUAUUCAAACCACUUGUCACCAAUCGAGGUCUUUAUCCAGCAAUCCACAUAAACACACGCUUAACUUGGAAUGAGAGAGGUGCUGGUGAGAGUCCUUCUAUACUUAAAUUUAGUAAGCAUUUAAGUCCCUUGCUGGACCUGGGCCUGACUGCAUAAGAGAAAUAUAAUCUCUGCUGUUUUAGGACAUUCUCCCCUUUCCUUCAUGGAACCCUCCCGGAGCUUUGAGAAGCAGAAGGGAGAUUGUACAGUUAGGGCUGGUCUGGUCUCAUCUCUGAUAUUUGACUGUAUCAAUUCCUCCUAAGUAUGUCAGUAAAUACUGUUUCCUUUGACCCUAGAAAUCUGAUUUAAAAGCAAAGACUUUUUGCACAAGGGUGCUCGGCAGCAUGCAAGACCUCUCCUGCAAAGCUGGCUCUAUCAGCAGUUGGCCUAGAUGAUUGUUGUAGGUCCCUUUCAACUGAACUAUUCUAUCACAUCAUGUGUAUUGAGUCAUCCAUAUAUGCUCUGCAGAAUCAAAACCACAAAAUCAAGAGCAGAUGCUUGGAAAUCGCUGCCAAGACUCCCAUUGUUUUCACUUGUCUUGGCAUCAUGUGUUUAACAAUUGGAAAAGGGGGCUCAUACAAUACAUUUAUUGUUAUGGAGAGGAGGUUAUUAUUGGGAGUCAUGGAGUAACACUGAAAUUUUGGGGUGAAAAGAAAGGAGGCUUGAGCAGAAGGAAGGCAGAGGUAUAUAGAGGAAGACCAGCCUGUUGUAUAGAGAUGUUCCUUCUGUUGGGGUUUUGGUUUUUUUCUCUUUGUUUUGUUUUGGUUUAUUUUCUUUUUUUAUUCUACUUUAGAUCUGCCAGCUUGUGCACUGUGGGUGCGUGACUAUUUUAGUGUGAAACGUGUUUUUUGUCAUAGUAUUGAAAUAAUAAAAGCUUCAACAUAGUUUGGAUGUGGAAGGUGUAGCGAUAGUUCAGAUUUGACAAAAAAAUAUUCAGGAAAAAAAAGAGAACAACUCUUACAAGGAACAGAAGCCUUUAAAUAAAAAGUCAGACCGAGCUGAUUAUGGCAUCCAUUCCGUUGCGCUAAGGUGAUGAACAGAAGGAUGGUGGGGGGGUGGGUAGACUGCAGUUUGGCUCAGGUAAAUUGAGCCACUUUUAUUAGUGUGUUCUUCUAAGUAUGCAGUCUUCUAUGGUGGCAUCACAUAAUUUCAAACUGUGAAAAAUAAUGGUCUUGUCAUUUGCUAAGUGUGGGGGGGGUUUGCAUUUUUUCCUUAGCUCCUGGGAUGCAAAUGGAGGAUGACUGGAUAUGCAGGCAUAGACACUCAUGCAAUACCCAUCCAGAGCAGGAUAUCGGGGCAGGACGGGUCCUCACAUCAAAGCCUUGUGUCAAAUUUGGCCCUUGCAUGAGCCAUCACAGCAGUAUCGGUUAUAACUACAGGGAAGUUUGGCCCACGGUCCCUAGGAUUUUUUUUUCUAAGGAACUGUCCUGGUUUUGGCAAGGAUAGAGUUAAUUUUGCCAGCUGGGGCUAAACCAUGACAGGAAUCAAUCUAUAAAAUGCAGAACAAAAAGAUACCAUGGUCUGUCUAUGGUUGGGGAGAGUCCUUGGGGCGGCAGAGGAAUAGUGGGCAGGCAGUGUGUACCUCCAUUCUGUGGAUGACCACAACAAUUUCUGUAAAGUUUUUAACUGCUUUUCUCUGUUAUACUUCCAAAGUUAUAACCUGCUGAGAGUUGAGCAGCUGAUAAGUAAUCAAUGCUGUACAAUGCUAAUGACCAGAAACAUGUCCAGUGACACAUGUCACCCAAUACUUGGGUGAACAUGGUGGUAACUAUCACCUGGAGUGGCAUUUCUGU